UUAUGAGGUAUCACAUGGAUGAGUCCAUUCGUGAUAGUAUUCCUCAAACUGAAAAUGCAAAAGAUUUUCUUGCUGCCAUUAAGGAAAAGUAUAAGAAGUUCUCAAAGAAUGAGAAAAAUGAGUGCUUAACUUUGUUCCAUCGCACUAAUUACACUGAUACGGGUGACAUUAGAGCUCACAUUGACAAGCUCAUGGGUUGUUACCAAAAGCUUAAAGGCAUGGGAUUGGAUCUUGGUGAGGAUUACAUGGUGUGGUUUGUAAUGGAAACCAUUCCUUCUCAAUUUGAUUCGAUCAGAUCAAGCUACAAUGCUCAAAAGGAGCAGUGGACCAUUGAGGAGAUGACUGCUAUUCUUGCCAAAGAAGAAGAGGACAUGAAAAAGGGGAGAGCAAGAAGUAUCUCCAUGGUGACCAAUCCAAACAAUUCUCACAAGAGAAAGUUCACUCCCAACAACUCUAGUGACCAAAGGUUUCAUAAGAAGAAAGCCACCAAUCCUAAGGGAAAUGGACAAGCAAGCUCUUCUUCAACUGGUCAUAAGAAUGAGUUUUUCAAAGGAAAGUGCAACUUUUGUCAAUGCUUCGGGCAUAAGAAAGCUGAUUGCCGAAAGCUCAAAGCUCACUUAGAGAAGAAAGGCAGUGACAAGUCGAAGAAGGCCGAGUAGGUUGGAGGAGUAUGUGUACAUGGGAGACGAUACUAAAGUCAGAGUUGAAUUUUUUGGGACUGUUAAUCUG